AUGAAGCUCAAGAAGAUUGCCCCAACUGCCCCGGGGUCUGCUGAAGAGGCUGCACUCUUGGCUAAAAAGUACGGCGGUCAAGUGCCCCUCGCUGGCUCUGGCGGCUUUGGUCGCAAGUUUGCUACACCUCCCAGUCCCAAGAACAAUGACUUGUUCUGGACGCAGGAAAUCGUUGCAGAUGGUGGCCAUGGCGUGCCCCUAAGUAACUUUAUGAAUGCACAGUAUUUCGCUGAAAUCACUUUGGGAACUCCCCCACAAACUGUAAGUCGAUUAGUCAAUGUUAUGCUGCGCAUUGCCUGCGGGGAAGAUCACGUGCUGACGCGGCUUUUACCAGUUCAAGGUGGUCCUCGAUACUGGUACGACUCUGGAGCUUCCUCCACAUAUAAGGCCAAUGGAACAUCGUUCGCGAUCCGUUAUGGCUCUGGCUCUCUUGAGGGAUUCGUCUCUCAAGAUACCAUGACCAUUGGUGACCUCACGAUCACGAAGCAGGACUUUGCUGAAGCUACCAAGGAGCCAGGUCUCGCCUUUGCUUUCGGCAAGUUCGACGGCAUCUUGGGUCUCGCCUACGACACCAUCUCAGUUAACCACAUUACCCCACCAUUCUAUAAUGCCAUUAAUCAAGGUCUCUUGAGCGAACCAAUCUUCACCUUCCGCAUGGGCUACUCUGAGGAUGAUGGAGGAGAAGCUGUCUUCGGCGGUAUCGACCACAGCCAUUAUACUGGCAAGAUCGAAUACGUUCCAGUCAGGCGCAAGGCGUACUGGGAGGUUGAGCUUGAGGGUAUUGCCUUUGGCGAUGACGAGCUAGAGCUCGAGAACACCGGUGCUGCCAUCGACACUGGUACCUCGCUCAUCGUCAUGCCCUCCACCAUCGCGGAAAUGCUUAACUCCGAGAUCGGUGCCAAGCGCUCCUGGAACGGACAAUACACCUUGCCAUGCGAGAAGGUCCCUUCGCUUCCCGACUUCACCUUCAUGUUCAACGGAAAGCCAUACCCAAUUGCCAGCACUGACUACGUCCUUAACCUCGGCAAUCAAUGCGUCAGCGCCUUCACCGGCAUGGACCUCAAUGUGCCCGGCGGUGACCUGUGGAUCGUCGCUCCUCCCAGGCAUGAGUUGUGA